ACGGAAGACUCUAGAACCCUAGUGAUCAAAAGCAUACAAGUGAAGUCACGCACCCACCCAAAACCCUCAAUACUCCCUCUUUCUAUCUCUAAACAACCAAGCCUUCAUCUUAUCCAUGGCGUCCUCCACUUUCUUUACACCAACUAAACCCUUUCUAUCUUUCGCUACAGACCUUCCUUCUCCUUCCAUCUCUACUAAACCCACAACUUUAGGUCUACGAAGAAAUUCGUUCAAGGUUAACGCAAUUGCAGCUAAGUACGAGCCCACCAAGGUUAAGCCACAAGCUGAUAGAGUGUUAAUUCGUCUGGAGGAACUACCUCAGAAAUCUGCUGGUGGAGUUUUGUUGCCAAAAUCAGCUGUCAAGUUUGAACGUUAUCUUAUGGGAGAAAUUCUUGCUGUUGGUUCUGAGGCAGGGGAAUUGGAGGCCGGGAAAAAGGUUCUUUUCUCUGAUAUCAACGCCUAUGAGGUGGAUCUUGGAGCAGAGGGAAGACACUGCUUCUGCAAAGCAGCCGACUUGCUGGCUGUCGUUGAGUAGCCAACACACCAUUAUACGGUGAGAUUUUCAUCUUCUCCCAGGAAACCGUAAUUGAUUGUAGUGCGCGCUUGUUGCUUAUGAUUUGAUACAUUUUGUUGGGAAGUGAAAUACAAUAAUAAGCAUCACAAAUUUAGCUUCAUCAAGUUCAUUAUUCGGAAGUUUUUAUUCUAUCCGUCAUGUUUAUUUUGA